GCGUCUCCGGCAUUUGAAUCGCGCUUCCGCCAUCUUUCCAGCUUCAGUCGGACAGGCGCGGAGGCUCUGCUGGAAGGAUCGCCGCGAUGGCCGCCCAGGGAGAGCCGCAGGUCCAGUUCAAGCUCGUCCUGGUGGGCGACGGCGGCACCGGGAAGACGACGUUCGUGAAGCGCCACUUGACGGGCGAGUUCGAGAAGAAGUAUGUCGCCACCCUGGGCGUGGAGGUGCACCCGCUCGUCUUCCAUACCAACAGAGGGCCCAUCAAGUUCAACGUGUGGGACACAGCCGGCCAGGAGAAGUUCGGAGGCCUGCGCGAUGGCUACUACAUCCAAGCCCAGUGUGCCAUUAUAAUGUUUGAUGUAACAUCAAGAGUCACUUACAAGAAUGUACCUAACUGGCAUAGAGAUCUGGUGCGUGUGUGUGAAAACAUCCCCAUUGUAUUGUGUGGCAAUAAAGUGGAUAUUAAGGACAGAAAAGUGAAGGCAAAAUCUAUUGUCUUCCACCGAAAGAAGAACCUUCAGUACUAUGAUAUUUCUGCCAAAAGUAACUACAACUUUGAAAAGCCUUUCCUCUGGCUUGCCAGAAAGCUCAUUGGCGACCCUAAUUUGGAGUUCGUUGCCAUGCCUGCUCUUGCCCCUCCUGAGGUGGUCAUGGACCCAGCUUUGGCAGCACAGUAUGAGCAUGAUUUAGAGGUUGCUCAAACGACUGCCCUCCCGGACGAGGAUGAUGACCUGUGAGAACGUGAAGCUGGAGCCCUGAGUCAGAAGUCUAGUUUUAUAGGCAACUGUCCUGUGACGUCAGCGGUGCAGCGUGUGUGCCACCUUAUUUAGCUAAGCAGAUCGUGUACUUCAUUGGGAUGCUGAAGGAGAUGAAUGGGCUUCGAGUGAAUGUGGCAGUUAAAACAUACCUUCAUUUUUUUUGGACUUGCAUAUUUAGCUGUUUGGAACACAGUUGUUUCCUUCCUGAAUUUCAAAAAUAAGACUGCUACAGUCACAUCACACUGUUCAGUUAGUGGUGAAAUCUCGUUUGUUACUGUCAUUCCCAUUCUUUUUGUUUAGAAUCAGAAUAAAGUUGUAUUUCAAAUAAUCUAAACAAGUGAAGCAUCCCUUGUCUGUAAGCAUUUUAAAACCAACAUAAGGAAGCUUGUUACAAAUGCCUUUGCUUAUUACCUGAGGUCCAUUCAGCUAUGUCCUUGUGCCUACCUUCUCAACCAUUUGGAUCCGGUCAUGACCUAACUCCUGUUACAGGUGUAAAUACUGUGACUCAGCCAGGAUAUCUAUCUGCCCUGCCUGCAGUUUGAUAGGUAGUUUGACCUAAGAGAAGAGCUUGUUUGAAGAUGUUGAGUAUGUUUAGUCUAUGGACUGUAGUUGACAGUGUCUGUAACCUAGACCUUCAGAAGGUAGAACUGCAUUUGAUGGAGGCUUGAGGGGUUUCUGAGAUGUCUCAUGUUGGUUCUCUAAGAUGUUAUCUGCUUUCAAGUGGUGGUCUCAGCACUCAUGAGCUAGGGGCAGGAGGAUCUCAGUUCAAGGCCAACCUAGUCUACGUAGCGAGUUUCAGAACUUUACAUAGAGAGCCCAGUCUUAAGUGUUAAUGGUAGGUAGGCUGUGGCAUAGCAUCUGAUGGUUUUUCCAGACAUUGUUUAUAGACAGGAAAGGAAAUGCUGGAAUAAAUAGGAGUACCACUGUAGAGCAGGGUGGGUGUCUGGCGUGAAACUGUAGGUUGAGCCUUUUUCUUAGGUGUGUGUGAUCCCUGCAGAACUAUGUUGUGGUAAGAUGUAUUUAAAAUAAGCCAUUCUGUGGGCCCUGCUAGUCCAGUCUACAAAGUUCUUAAAGGGUAGAAUACCCUUAGAUGGUUACUUUGUUUCUCUCCAAAGAAGGCUGAGUCACUUAAUGUGGGGAGGGUGAAGAGAAGGUGUACUGUGUACCAGCUUUUACUGAUUUCAAGAUGGAAUGUGAUGUAUAUGCUGUGCUACAGUCAGGUGAAGACCCUCCCCCAACUGGGAUUAGAUCUCUUGAAUUAAUACAAUGUGAAACCUGAUGUAGAAUGCAAAUACCCAAGACUGAUUAUUGUAACAGUUAAAUGUAGGAGCUACUCUUAACGUGUUUAACCAGAGUAUAGAGGAUUUAUGUUAUUUAUUGGAAGAACUGUUGAAAAUAUAUAUUGCUUCUGCUUUGCCUAA